AUGUUUACCAACACCAUCCUUACCGUGGCCGCCGUAGCCUCCACUGCUCUCGCAGCACCCUGGACAAACAACCGCGUUGACCCCAAGUGCACAAUCGUGUUCGAUGGCCGCGUUCCCAAGAACCUCACACCUACCGCCCUGGACGUCCAGUCCACCAACACCAUCUUCAACGCCGACUACGUCAAGGGCAACAACCUGACAUGGUCGCAAAUCCUGCAAUUCCCCUACGAGGUCUCGCGCUUCGACGGUAGCAACUAUAAGGCCGUCGAAGUCACCAUUUCCGACAAGUCCAUUUUCCAGCAGCAAAAGGGCUUCCGCCGCGCCGGUCUCCAGUUCCUCAAGGAUGCGCCCGACGGUGAGGGCGCCAAAGGUGUCAAGACGCUGCACUGGAGCGUCAAGCAGGACUCUGCUAAGCCGUUGAACUUGACGCACGAGUACCUCAAUGUCUGGCACGAGGCCGCCGACUACAGCAACAACCAGAUCCAAUUCCAAACCGGAUCUCUGAUUGGCAAGAGCGACGCCGACAAGAAGAGCUUCAAGAUUCUUGACCGCAGCGGUACCUCGCUCUGGUCUGUCCCCAUUGACUUUACCCAAUGGCAGAACUUUGCCGCCAAGCUCGACUACAACAACAACCAAGCCACUUUCUACUACAGCACCGGCUUGAACCAGCUCAAGCAGGUCGCCGGCCCUACCGCUGUCAACCUCGCCGGCGGCGGCCAGUACCAAAUCGGCAUCCUGAAGAAGCCCACCGGCACCUCUGACGUCGCCAACGCAGGCUACCAGUCGCCCAACCUCAACGAGGGACAGAUCUACGGUGGUCUCUUCCUUGAGGACUCCAGCAACGGCUGCAUCUCGCUCUAG